CGGUCGGUCGGUCGCCGUGUUUCUUUGAGCGUGUAUGAGUGCCCUUUUCCUCCUUCUCCAUGACCCGUCUUGGAAGCACGAGCCGCAGCAGCAGGUUAACUUGUUGUAAAAUUGUGAUGCAGUUAUUAAACAACUUUCGUCACAUGUAUGAAUUUCUUUUCACGCACUCCCGAACACCCGACGAACUUGGACUCGGCGGCGGACGAGCAUUCGUCGGGACUCGAAGGUUGCUUCCUUACGCGCGGUGCCGUCAUUUCUUCGCCGACUUUCGUGGAAGAAAAGUGCGUGCCCAUCAGAGAGUGGUUCACAGUAGCAACGUAGUGCUUUGGAGUAGGUCCUCCUCUGGCCAAGACACCAGGGGACCCUUCUCGCCGCCGGGAAGAACUGGAAAAGUGAAGAAAAAAAAAAGUUCGACCCACCCCCCACCUCGCUUCAGUUUCGAAUUCUGAUUCCCAUUUUGGCUACCCAGGAGGGAUGAACGCAAAAAUCCCUCGCUUUUCGGCUUUGUAACGGAAACGGCAAUACAACAAAAGCUUGAAAACAAAACAAAAAUCAAGUGCAAGAAAAGAGUGCUUUGCAAAAAAUUCAAAAUUUUCCCCUUUUCUCAAAAAAAAAAAAAAAAAUAAUAUACCGCGCGUCUCCACCAAACAAAAAAAAAGAGCGAAAACAAAAAUCGACAGUGCUUCAAUCGUUACCGAUGUGAAUUGUGAUACAAAAAAGAAGGCAAAAUGUUUUCGAUUGAAUCAAUUUUAAAAUCUCAAAUCUCCCAGAGGUAGUGUACAUAAGAUUCCAGGGUUAGCACUGGUUUGCACACAAAAGCAAAACAAAAAAAAAUCAAACCAACCAAACAAACGAACACCUCUUAUAGUUAUUAAAAACAAAAAUUAAAAUAAGCGGAAAAAAAAGCAGAACUCGAGUGCCAAACAAAUCCGAGCGGGAUAUGAUUUUUGUGUUUCACCUACGGCAUUUGAUGAAGACUCGGACCCUCGCGAGGGCCCCCCCAAUGUUGUAUGCUAGUAUUUCAGCAGUUUUCGGUACUCUACUACUACCACUGGCACGGCCAAACAAGCAAUUGAAAGCUGUCGAGAGUCAGAAUGCAGAUCCAGCACGUGAGGGACCUGUGUGCCGUUCCGGGCGCGGCAGCAGCAGCCGCAGCGGCCGCCGAGCUGAACUGCACCGGUGAUAUCCUGUCGGUGCAGAACCUGCUGCCCCAGUUGGCCCCACCGCCGGAGAACAAACCGCACCAGUGCCAGCAGUGUCUGAAGAGCUUCUCCUCCAACCACCAGCUGGUGCAGCACAUCCGCGUCCACACCGGCGAGAAGCCCUACAAAUGUUCCUACUGUGAUCGCAAGUUCAAGCAGCUGUCGCACGUUCAGCAGCACACCCGGUUGCAUACUGGCGAGCGCCCGUACAAGUGUCACCUGCCGGAGUGCGGCCGAGCGUUCAUCCAGCUGUCGAACCUGCAGCAGCACCUUCGCAACCACGAUGCCCAGGUCGAGCGGGCCAAGAGUCGUCCCUUCCACUGCAAUCUCUGUGGCAAGGGCUUUGCCACCGAGUCUAGUCUCCGGACGCACACUUCGAAGGAACUGCAACUGCACCUCGGAGUGCUGCAGCAACAUGCCGCCCUGAUGAGCAAUUCCAACAGCGUAACGUGCAAUGUAUGCAGUAAGAUAUUCCUCGGCGUUGAUGCCCUCAACGAACACAUCAAAUACUCGCAUAAAGAAGUGGCUGUGAAACGAAGAGUAGCGAACCAUCCGUGCCCGAUGUGCGGCAAGCACUACGUCAACGAGGGCUGCCUGCGGAAACACCUUCUGACGCAUCCACGAGCGGCGGGUUCCGCUCCGUUCCGCUCCAAUCUGCAGAUGUGGCCCUGUUCCGUGUGUCAGGCUGUGUUCACCCACGAGUCCGGUCUCAUCACCCACAUCGAGCACAUGAAGAUGGAUCCGAAGCAUCAGUUCGCCGCGCAGUACAUGUUCAGCAAGGCCGUGGCCGAGCAGCGGGAGAAGGAAUCGAAUGCCCUCGGGAUGGGAAGCAGUUCCGGUCCUUCGAUGAUCUCGGUGAAGGAUCUAACUCAGAACAGCAUUUCGCCGUUGAACUAUUCGGAAAAUUCUUCGACCAUGGGUUCGGAGAAGAAUGGCGAUGGUGGAGGAGGAGGAGGAGGAGGCGGAUGUGGACCUUUCGAUAAUCAUCGCUUGGCCGCUGCAGCCGUCGCUGCCGGUGGUCAUGGCAAUCCGUUUGGGGUGGUUCCCGGCGAUAACAACAACAGCCAAUUCUCGAGGAUGAUGAUGCUGCAGGAGCCCAAAUUCGAUCCGGAUAUGAUGUUACCAACGGAUGGAACAUCGUCCGCAGUGCAGGCCGCCGUCGUCAACCUGGCAACUGCAAUGCGGAUCGGUCAAUCGUUUAAGAACAAUUCUAUGCACGGAGAUCACCUGGGCCAAUCGAACCUGGGUCCGCUGAAGAAGAAGAGUAAUUUUAUCAAUUUUAACGAAAUGAAAUACCCAUUGUCCAAUCGGCAAAACUAUCCACCUUCGGCGGACUCCCCCCUCGGAGGAGGCGGUCUAGGUGGGGGUCAGAACGCGUGUGGGCCGUCGUCGGAGACGGCCAUCCGGAUUCAACAGGCGGAAGCAAUCCUGCGAUCUCAAGCGGAGGCAGCAUUGAGGUUGGCUGUUUCGCAGGCACAAGCAGUGGUGUCUUCCAAUGCCAGUGGGGGUGUAGGAGGCGGUGGUCACGGAGGAGGCCACCUGGGACCUCUGGGAAAUCAUCUGGUGAGCAGAUGCAACGACGAAAGUAGAUCCAAUGAAAACUGUCCUCCGUUCGGGGAUCCCAAUGGGGAACAUCUGAGGGCGGCCAUGAGGGAACACCACGCCCAUCAACAGCAGCUACAGCAGCAGCAGCAACAGCAACAGCAACAGCAACAACAGAAUAACGAUGAGUGCCAUCAAUUCUCGCAGAGUCCGGUGCCGAGGAACGGCCUAGACCUUACCGACGAGUUCCUAAAAAGUGAAAACGUACUGAAAGGGUGAAAGUAGAUGUAAAUUUUGAUGCCAUAUUAUAUUUAAUUUAAAUCAAUACAAAAAACAAAAAUCAGCGCAAGAUGAGACAAUUCUCGAAGAAGAAGACGGAGAAGCAGAAGCAGAAGAAGGAUAGCAAAAGGAUUAAAUUUGAAGAUAUGAAAACGACGAAAACUGGAGGAAGCAAAGAUAAUGCAAUGGGACAAAGAUGAAACAAAACCUACACAUUGAUUAUUUAGUUACGAUAAUCUGGGACUUGAAUGUGUGAAUCAAUAACUAAAUGAUAAAAUAAAACAAGAAAACUGAUGCAUUAUGCCAUAUUAUGAAGGUAA